CCCUCUCCUCUGCUCAGCGCCACCGGAGCUCACGCAUCCGAAUCUCCAUCGACGCUUUCUGUAGCUUCGCCCCUUCUUCUCUUAGGCUGAUGUUGGUUUCUCGGUGAGGCGAGGAGGGGGUGUUAGCUUCCCUUUUUUCUUUCACUGGUCCGCGAAAAUGGUGGUCUCGUCCUCCCUCCGUCUUCAACCUGCGAGGCUUCCCGCUGGGAGAGUUUCGGGCGGUUGCUCUAGCGGGAGUAGGAGGGGGAGGUGUCGCGUGGCAUUCGCUUCGGCGGCGGGUGUGCCGGGGAAGGAUGUCUCUCUUCAGAGCAAGAUUCUUGUAGGUGGGCACACUGUUAGACAGUGUAAAAUGGGAUGAUAAAGGUUUGGCUGUGGCAAUAGCUCAAAAUGUAGACACUGGAGCCAUCUUGAUGCAAGGAUUUGUGAACAGAGAUGCAUUAGCUGCAACAAUCUCCUCUCGUAAGGCUACAUUUUACAGCCGGUCCAGAUCAAGUCUCUGGACAAAAGGAGAAACCUCUAGGAACUUCAUCAAUAUAUCUGAUGUGUUUCUUGACUGUGAUCGAGAUUCUAUAAUAUAUCUUGGGAAACCUGAUGGACCCACUUGCCACACUGGGUCUGAGACAUGCUAUUUUUCAUCGAUAGAGGAUAUACUGGAACCCUCCCAGGUCACGAGAAAUGAACUGGCUUUGUCUACCUUGUACUCAUUAGAGUCUACCAUCUCAAGACGAAAAGCUGAAUUGGCAGAACCACAAGAUGGGAAGCCCUCCUGGACGAAACGCUUAUUACUUGAUAACAAGUUGCUGUGCUCAAAAGUCAGGGAGGAGGCAGAUGAGUUGUGUCGGACGCUUGAAGAGAAUGAAGAUACGGCACGCACUGCAUCGGAGAUGGCGGACGUGCUUUAUCAUUCCAUGGUUCUUCUGGCUGUCAGAGACGUGAAAAUGGAAGAAGUUUUGGAAAUUCUUCGACACAGGUUCUCUCGGUCCGGAAUCGAGGAAAAGAAAAGCCGAACAAAAGGCUAAGCAUGGGCUUCUCUCUGUAUAUGUACGCCGGCAUUGUAUUAUUUACUUCUUUCUCGAUGGUUAAUAGUGGAGAAGAAAGUAAUGGUGCACCGAGUGCCAAAUACUUAAGUUUGUUGUGAUAUAGUCUUGUCAAGUCUUCUCAUUUGUACUGAAGGUGAGCUUGAGAAGGCAUUUUGAAUCACUUUGGUUGUCAAAUGGUCAGGGAUUUACUUGGUAUAUAAAGGUUGCAAAUUGAUGAAUGUUAGUUUGAUGA